CAAGUAGGAAGGUGUUCUCUUGCAAAUAACAUGGAUAUGCUUCACAUCAUUCUCAAUAUUCUUCUGCCUCCUCUUACUAUCCUUUUCCUUUUCCUCUUCUACCCGAUCUAUCUUUUCAUCAAACUUCUAAAUUGUGGUUGUAAGCAUCUUUGGGUUGAAAACGUCGCUGGAAAAGUAGUUCUAAUCACUGGGGCUUCCUCCGGCAUCGGAGAGCAUGUUGCAUACGAGUACGCGAAGAAAGGAGCAUAUCUAGCUUUGGUUGCCCGACGAGAGGAUCGUUUACAUAUAGUAGCAGAGACAUCACGACAGUUAGGUUCACGGGACGUUAUAACCAUACCUGGUGAUGUUACUAAGAUUAAUGAUUGCAUGAAGUUCAUCAAUGAGACUAUAAGUCAUUUUGGAAAAGUGGACCAUUUAAUUAAUAAUGCUGGUGUAUCUCAAACUGUUUUGUUUGAGAGCUUCUCCCAAAUUCAAGAUGCUAAUCCUAUAAUGGAUACAAACUUCUGGGGCUCAACAUACAUCACUUAUUAUGCAAUUCCCCAUCUACGAAAAAGUAAAGGAAAAAUAGUUGUGAUUACUUCGGCUGCAGCAAAGAUAGCUAUCCCAGUGGCAACCAUCUAUUCUGCAAGCAAAGCAGCAUUGUUAAGAUUUUAUGAAGCACUGAGAAUUGAACUCAAUCCCGAUAUAAAAGUUACAAUUGUUUUUCCUGGACUAAUCUCCACGGAUAUGACAACUCCUGAGAUUAUAAAAAGACACGGUUCAGAUUUUAUAGUAUCGGAGCCAGUUAAUAGAUGCGCAAAAGCAAUUUUUCAAGGUGUUUGUAGAGGAGAAGCAUACAUAGAAACACCAAGUUGGAUUAAGUGGUUCUUUUUGGUGAAGGCAGUGUGUCCUGAAUUAAUCAAUUCCAUCUUCAACUAUUCUUUCAUCCAUUUUCUCAAACCUUAUUUCAAACGUGAAUGAGAAAGAACAAAUAUAUAGUUCUUUUGGGGCAUAGAGGUUGCAACCGCAAUGCUAAGAUUGG